CAGCAGCAGCAGCUGGAUCCAUGUCUACGCCGGCGCCGGCGCCGGCGGCAACAACGGCUUCAUGUGCGGCUACGCUGCCAGCUGCAACCCCGGUGAGUUUGAGCAGCAGCAGGUGGUGGUCAGCUCGCAGAUUCAGGACCAGCUCAACCAGAUCAGCAUGCACAUGAGCAUGGACGACGAGUCGGCGGUGUACGACGGCGCCUCCAUGGUGGAGGUGGACGACCUGCUGAUGACCUCGUCGGCGCACCACGGCGGCUGCUUCACCUCCUCCUCGUCGUCGUCUGCUUCCUUCCCCUCCGCCUCCGUCUCAUGCAGCCCGGAGAGCUCGGCGGCGGCGCACGUCCUCGGAGCGCCAGCGGCGGCGGCCGCGGGGUUCCUGUACCCGGAGGUCUCGUCGCAGGCGGCGCCGUUGCCACUGCGACGGCCACCCUUGGUGCCAUACGAGCCCGAGCCCCAGCACCAGUGCCACGGCAGCUACACCGACCUGCAGUCGCCGGCGAGCGGCCGCGGCGCGUUCAAGCGGUACGCGCGGCACCUCGGCCCGAGGCGGCCGCCCAAUAAGGCGCCCGGGCAGAGGAUGUUCAAGACGGCCAUGUCGGUGCUGGCCAAGAUGCACGUGGCGAUGACGUACAGCCGGCAGUACUACUACCAGCAGGCGGCGGCGGCGGAGGCGGAGGCGCCGGAGCCGCCGUCCGGCAACCAGCUGCAGCACAUGAUCUCCGAGCGCAAGCGGCGGGAGAAGCUCAACGACAGCUUCGUCGCCCUCAAGGCCGUCCUCCCUCCCGGCUCCAAAAAAGACAAGACGUCGAUACUGAUCAGGGCAAGGGAGUACGUGAAGUCACUUGAGUCCAAGCUGUCGGAGCUGGAGAAGAAGAACCGGGAGCUGGAGGCGCGGCUGGCCAUGGCCAAGAACGACGGGAGCGAGACGGCGGCGGCAGCGGCGGCGGCACCCGACGCCGCCGGCGACGACACGAAGCGAGAGGACGAACUAGUAGAGAUCGAGCUGACCAGCGGCGGCGCCGGAGCGGCGGUGGGAUCAGGCCAAGACGAGGAGACCUGCUGCACGCUCAACGUAGCCGUGACGCCACCGCCAUCGCGACGCGGCGGCGGCGGCGGCAUGAGCACGACGGACGUCGUGCUCCGGACGCUGCAGUGCCUGAGGGAGCAGAUCGGCGACGGCGCCAGCCUGGUGGCGAUGAGCACCAGCGCCGGCUCCGGCGGCCGCCCUCCUCGAGCGAACCUAACAUUACAGCUUAAGGUAUAAUAAAAUAUUAUUAGUGAAGUCAAAGGCCAAGGUUGUCUCACAUCUCAAUGGUCAACUUAAGAAAAUGGAGAAAGAAACAUCAGUGCAAAUUAAACAGCAUGCACUAUACGUUAUUGACAGCACGAUUGAUCGUAUACUUUCAUUUUUAAGACAAUACAAAAUCUUACAUCUCCAGCAGCAUGGUUGUAUACGAGGAAGCAGUAGCAAUUACUUUCUCCAUACUACAAAAGACUAUAUUUCUAACUGUUAUAAGAUAAAAUUAGUAAUGGAGAGAGUAAUUACUAUGGUGCUUCUGUUCUUAUGCUCCAAUCAACUCACUGGUUGUAACAUCUAAAAAUAUAGUCUAUGUGGUCUUUUGCGAGUACAAUUAGUAAGAUCAAGUAUAAC